AUGUCCGAAGACGAUAUAGCCAAGGAACUUGACCAACAGUCCGUCACAGCUGUCAAACGAUUCACUGUAAAGAGGGAUGGUGUGGUCCAACUGACCAACACCUACCUCUUCACUUUCGCCCGAACUACUAUCCCUGAAUCUAUCAAAGCUGGUUAUUGUAACAUCGGAGUGGAGGUGUAUAUCCCAAAUCCACUCCGGUGCUACACCUGCCAAGCGUUUGGACAUGGAUCCAAGUCCUGCCAUGCCUCCGCUGUUUGUUACCGAUGCGGUGACAAACACGAGGCCACUGACUGCAGGAAGGAUGUGAAGUGUGCAAACUGCGCUGUGACACCCUCGUCUGUGACUCCUCCCAAAAACAAAACUGUAAAAAAUGUUGAGUCUCAGACUCCUAAACCAACACAUGAACCCGAAACAGAACCAGAACCAGAAAUUACCAAACUUACAAACAGGGAAAAGAAAUUAUUGAAAAAGAAGCAGCAAAAACAGCUGCAAACACCAAAGGCCACCUCUCCUUUAGAGGUCCCAGUACCAGUAGAGGUCCAUAACUCCUUUGGUCCUCUGGACAUGGAGGGCAAUCUCAUGACACUGCAGCAGGAGCCGACAACAUCCACUAUCAGCUCCUGA